AUGCGCGCGACGAAUUUAGUGUUCGGGGCGUCACCGCUCGCGGGAAUUUAUACCGAGAUCGACGCUGCGCGGGCGCACGCGGUGGUGAAGCGGGCGGCGGAGCUCGGGUUCGACAAGUUUGACACGGCGCCGCACUACGGGUUAGGAUUGUCCGAACGGCGAUUAGGGGAGGGAUUGCGUGAAGCGGGGAUGGUGGGUAAGGCAAAGGUGUACACGAAGGUGGGACGAGUGAUGAAACCUCGGGAAGAGGUGACGGAGAACGACGAGGUGGAGUGGGGUAACGUUCCGGGCCGCGACGGGUGCAUAUUUCCGGGCGCGCCGAGGGACGUAUUGCCAGUUCUAGAUUACACGGAGAGCGGUUUCGAGCGUUCGCACGAGGAUAGUCUGGCGAGAUUAGGACUCGAACGCGUGGAAGGGGUUCGCAUUCACGACGCCGAGACGCCGGAGCGCUUCGAGGCGGCGAUGAAGGGCGCACGAGCGCUUCGAGCGCUUCGAGACGCCGGGCGCAUCGGCGAGGUAUCACUCGGGAUGAACGACGCGAAGUACGUGUUGAGGAUGAUCAGGGAAAGCGAGCCCGGUACGUUCGAUGCGGUCAUGAUGGCGGGAUCGUGGAACUUGCUCGAUCAGGACGGUCUCGAGGUCUUGCUUGAAUGUCAGGAACGUAAAAUCAGAGUUUACAAUGCCGGAAUCUUCGCGAGCGGCUUGCUCGUCGGUGGAUCGCACUACAAGUAUGGGCCGCCGCCCGAAGAGGUGAAACAGCGAACCGAGCAGUGGAAACAGCUUGCGGCGAAACACUCGGUACCGCUGCCAGCGGUUGCGAUUGCGUUCGCUCUCGCUCCUCAAGUGGUGGAGUUUCUCGCAGUUGGCGUCAAGACUCCGGAAGAAGUUGAGCAAAAUAUCGCGUGGCUUGAAAGCGCCAACACCGUACCGACGGAGCUCUGGCGCGAGGCGAAAAUCAUGGGACUAAUCGCCGAAGAUGUCCCGGUUCCGAGCGAUGAGUAG